AAUAUUUUGAUCGAACAAACAAAAAAAACAAGAAGAAAGUAUCUGUUGUUUAUUUAUCUUGUGUGUGUAUGUGUGGGGCAAACAGCUGUUGGUGCAACAAAAGCCACAGCGGCGACGAUUAUCUUAAGUGUUGAAUAAAUUUUGCCAGCGCCAGCGCUGCCGCCAACGACAACGACAGCAGCAGUACAAUCCCCUCCAAGAGGGGCAAAUUUGUUGUUUCUGGAUCCCCUCCUCCCUGGCAAACCCGCAACUCUCGCAGUUGCCAAUUGAUCUUGACCGAACGCGGUGACAGACAAAUGCCGCGAUUUGAUUAGCAAUACCGAAACAGCUGCAGAAUUUGUUUACGUCAUGUAUUUACGACACAUGAAUUCACUGGCUUGCCUGGCCCUCCUGCUCGGUGGUACCCUGGUAACUUCCAUGUCGAUUGCCAAUCAGGAUACUUCAGGAUACAAUCAGGACCUACAGCGAUACUUUAGACCAGCCAAUGCCACGCACACCUUCGCCAGCAUGGAGGAGCGGAUUUCCGUGGAUGUCUACAACUACGCUUUUCUCAACUGGUCAUAUGUGGACCAUGGGAACACGCUGUGUGAGACGGACUUUGCCCAGGAGCAGGCUCGUUAUGGAGAGGGCCGGGUGUUGAAUGUAACUGGCCGUUUGAUCCACAUCAGUGCCACUGACAACGUUAGCGAUGACUACGCCUGCACGCCCUAUAUUCGGGGAACUAUGGGCGCCCCCAUGCCUGAAAAGGGAGUGGUCUGGAUUGCUUUGGUUAGACGCGGCCGUUGCACAUUCGAAGAAAAGGUUAAGCAUGUCUAUCAGCAGAACGCCGCCGGUGUCAUUAUCUACAACGACAAGCAGGUGAUGCAGCUGGAGAAGAUGCAGAUCAAGGGCAAGACGCGAAACAUUGCGGCUGUGAUAACGUAUCAAAAUAUCGGACAAGAUCUUGCAAUGACUGUUGAUAGAGGAUACAAUGUAACCAUAUCCGUAAUCGAGGGACGCCGUGGUGUACGAACUAUCAGUAGUUUGAAUCGUACUUCAGUGCUAUUCGUCUCCAUAUCAUUCAUCGUUCUGAUGAUAAUAUCGCUUGUGUGGCUCAUUUUCUACUAUAUUCAGAGGUUCCGUUACAUGCAGGCGAAGGAUCAGCAAUCGCGCAAUCUGUGCUCCGUUACCAAAAAAGCCAUCAUGAAGAUUCCAACGAAGACGGGAAAAAUGAGCGAUGAGAAGGACCUGGACAGCGAUUGCUGUGCCAUAUGCAUUGAAACGUACAAGCCCACGGACACAAUCAGGAUAUUACCGUGCAAACACGAAUUCCAUAAGAAUUGCAUCGACCCGUGGCUAAUCGAGCAUCGAACCUGUCCGAUGUGCAAACUAGAUGUGCUCAAAUUUUAUGGCUAUGUGUUUCUGGGAAGCGAAGAGAGCAUACUGGAAUACCAACCAGAUCGUCCGGAAGUUUCAACAAUUGUGGACCUGAGCUCUCAGGGCUCUGGCCCGGAACCCAACCCAGGCCCACCUUCAACACGACCCACGGCCUUGGCCGAUCUCAUUCGCAGUCGAGACUUCGUAAUAGACUUUCCUCGAGUUUUCGUCCUCGAAUGUGGCAGCGUGGUGGGUGCUCGUGAAAUGCUUUUCCCCAGCCGAUUACCAGAAAGGUCGCAGAGUUCGUUGUCGCUCAGGCAGGCACGAGACUGGAUGAGCCUGAUGACCAACAAGCUGGAGGAGCAGCAGGGACUGCGGCGUUUGCGAAAGGAUGAAAUGCAGCAGCAACUUUUAAGCGCUCGGGAAUCGGCCCGCCAUCGUCGUUCACGCUCCGCAGAUGGUCGCUAUUCCACUGGAUGCUUUGGCGGUCGACAUCGACAGAUUUCAGUUCAGGGAACUGGGCAAGUGCUACCUCAGCUUAAGCCGGAUAUCCCUCAGAUUUCUCGAUCGAGCUCUUCCCACUCCUUGCAACAGAUAACUGAUGCUUCUUACGCUCAGUCCAGUCAGCGGCAGCGGGAAACCUUCGAUUUUGCCAGAACACGCCGUCGCUUUAUGAGGCGCGAAAGCGAUGAGAUAUCCUUGCGAUCAUUACCCAGGCGUGGGCGUAUGAUUGGCAAUGGUGGGAUGGCUCCACCUCCACCCCAGUCAAAUCGUGAGAGAGAGGCCCGCGGAAACGGAGACUACAUCACUAUUCAGGUGAAUGGGGAAGGUGUCAACCUCAAUGAAUGAACUGGGUUAGGGGUUGCCUAAUUGUAUUCUUUAAACUAUUUGCUUUCUCACCACUGUAUAAAAUAUAUUGUAUAGAAUAUUCAAGUAAUAGAAACGGUUAAUAAAGUGCUAAUA